GUAAGUUUUACAACCCCGUUUUAUGGAGCAUACGAAGUAUUGUUGCGAAGAUUCCGCCCCGUUGGAAAUGCUAAAGUGGAACGAGAGAUAAGUGUUCUCGUAAAGAAGUUGUGUAAUUUUCAUAAACUACAUCUUAUUAUAGUCAUCCAUGCAAUGCUGCAUGUGACUUUUGAAUCGAUUGUGCGGUUUAAUAAUUUAAGACAAUAUCAUCCACAAUUUGAAGAAUUUGGAAACACGCACGAGAAAAUGUAUGGUGGUUGUUUAUAG